AUGCUUCCACAUACUGCUCUUCAACCUAUCCUAGGUGCUAUUUACAAAUCUUUCAAUGUCAGAUAUGUCUUCUUGAUAUCGAUUACUAUCUUUGAGGUUGGGUCUUGUCUGUGUGCUGCUGCACCUACUUCUGCAGCUUUUACCAUCAGUAGGAUUAUAGCUGGAUGUGGUGCUGCUGGAUUGCUUCAGGGAACACUAGCAAUAGUUGGACUAUCUGUUCCUAAGAGAAAGAUCCCUCUAUAUUAUGGUACGUCCUUAGCGUACAAGGAGCGGUGUUGCAUUGGCAAUGGUGAUGCUAUUCGUGAAACCAAGAUUGCCAAAACAAUCCAACGACAUCAGAUCCUCUCCUUCAAAAAUUACAGCGCAUGGACUGGGCCGGAACCAUCAUUUUUCUGUGCCUUUGGCGGACAAACGAAGCCAUGGCGCUCAUCAGAAGUCAUCAGUCUCUUCAUCGGCUUUGGUCUUUUACUGGGUCUUUUUGCAUAUACUCAAAGUUCACGGGCGAAAAUUCCCUCAUUCCUCGAAGAAUCUUGA